AUGCCGAAGAAUAACCAUCACCAUCGUUCCAGUUCGGUAAGUUCCACAAAGAACCGCUCCACGGAAUCUACGAACAAAUGGAAAAUUCCGCACUAUUACCGUAGAUCCGCAAGCGGUAGUACGCAAGCUUCGCCAAAUAGAAGCUCUUCAACUGAGGCAUGUAGCACACCUAUACUGCCUACCAUGAACGUAAUGUCCAGCCCGAAGAAAGUUUUACUGGAAGAGCCCAGGGACAACAAAGCAAAGAAGACAAGCAGAAAGAAAUCGGGAGAAAUGGUCUUUGUCAAUUAUACUGUACAAGACACAGCCAAUGAAGAGGACACAGAUCUGAAAAGUGAGCCUGCGCCUGUCCCAGCACCAAAGGCAAAGUUAAAGAAGAAAUCUUCUAAAAGGAGAAUGCUAAAGAUAUUUGGAUCGUCAAAAAACGAGCAUAUCGAAGACAUCGUCGAAGAACAGCCGAUGGUCCUCCAGACCGAUUUACAGCCACAGUCACAGUCACAAUCGGGAACCCCCACUUCAGAACAUGGUUUUGAUCCCUCAUCAUUGACUUCCAAAAGAUCCUACAAUUCGUUUUUGAAACACAAUAGACUGCAUGGUAAAACUUCAUUUUCUAGCGGCCUGUCUUUCCCAUCUUUAAACAUGAUGGGAAAUGCUAGUGAUAUCAGUAUUGAGAAGAGUGGAUUUGGUUGCGUAAAUGAAGUGGUUCCGAAAUCAACUCACAAUCCUUCCUUGGCGAAGCCGCCAUCUAGGUUUGAUGAGAAUGAAAGGAACUCACCCAACUUAUCAAAUAUACCCCUUUUGAACACAAAAAAUACAAGACUGAAGUAUAAUAAAGUCGCGUCUCAGAAUUCGGACCAACAAAGAUUACAAGAAAGUGGCUUGUAUCAUUCUAACGAAUCAUUCAGUUUCAAAGAUCAUAGCACAAGUACCAAUAAGUCUUCUUUGAGUUUAAAUUCUGACUCUGGGACUUCCCACUUCACAAAGCAUUCACCUGAUUCACCAAGAACUUCAAGAUCCUUCAACUGCGGAGACUCACAAAGUAGAGCCAAGUUGCCAGAGGAAAAUGACGCUUCUAUUGCAUUUAGUAAAAUGUUUACUAGAAAACGAGCUAACACUGGCGGGUCCACGUGUUCGCUAGCCUCGCCAACCAUUUCACAAGCCAUUCAACAAUCAAACAUGAAAGUCAAUAAACUACCGACUCAAAGAACAACCUCAGUAAGCUCUUUGUCAUCUAUGUCAAACCGUUACUCCCCAAUAAGAGUUGCGUCCCCCGGGCGACCAAGAUCCGGAACACGCGGGUCUUCCCUUUAUAGAUUAUCGAGGGAUUUGAACUCUUUACCAAGUGUCACUGACUUACCGGAAAUGGAUAGUACAACCCCAGUCAAUGAAAUAUUCUUAGAUAGCCAACUGCAGUAUAAAAACAGCGGUGGAAAACAUGGGCACAGGAAAAAACAAGAGUCUAUUUCUGAUGCUCAAAGAAACCAAAAUGCAAAUUCACACAUCUCAACACCAUCCUCUUCCCUCGUGACGCCCCCUUAUUACAUGACGGGGUUUACACUACCAAGUUCGGCGUCAGCAUCUUCAACGCCAAAUGUGCUCGAAACAAAUAAUAUGAAUUUGGUUCAAAGUGCCAACGUUGCUACAAGCUCCCGACCCUUUAGUAACUUCUCCUCUUUUGAAAAAGAAUACAACAACGAGAACGACGGAACUGCGGAAACAUCGGCAUUCAAUACCCCAUUGGAAAAUAUACCAGCUUUAAAGGGUAUACCCAGAUCUACUUUGGAAGAGAAUGAAGAAGAAGAUGUUCUAGUGCAAGAUGUUCAGACCACUACUAAUUUUCGAAGAAGAGACGCUAUAGGGAUGGACGCUCAUAGGAAAGAGGACAGUUUAGAUUUUAGCUCUUUAAUGCCACAUGGCAGUACAACUAAUAGCAGCAUCGUGGAUUCCGUAAUGACAAACUCGGUAUCCACUACCACAAGCAAUGCAACCGGCAACUAUUUCCAAGAUCAAGAGAAAUAUACACUGGUGAAUACGGGACUGGGUUUGAGUGAUGCAAAUCUCGACCAUUUUAUCAGAACUCAAUUCAAGCAAGCUUCUAAAUUAGAUUCGAACAGUAUGGGGAACCGUGUUUCUUAUAAUGGUUCAAUUACUAAUAAUAAUGAUCCAACAAGGGCCAAUUUGCAAGUAUAUACUGAAUUCGAUUUUGAAAAUCCAGAGUCUUUUUUCCAUGAACAAUCAAAAUUACUGGGUGAAAUGAGCCAUGGUAAUAAUAAUGGCGAUAAUGACAUCAGUAUGAAUGAGCCAAAAUCGGCAGACACUUUCAUAGGCAAUAUAUCCCCAGACACCUCCGCAACCGUUUCAUUGGGCGACUUGAUGAGUUCAAACGUCUCAAAUAAUAGUGAAAGAAAUUUCUACGACGGCCACACCUUUGUUCCACAAUUUCAACAAAACUCGUCUAUAGAAGAUUCAAGCAAUCAAAAUAUGGCACCAGUUACGAAUAACGACAUCGACAAUAAUCUACAGUCUUUUUAUUUUGAUAAUAACCACUAA